CCGCCGUCCCGCUGCAGCGCUCGCGAUGGGCGCCCAGGACCGGCCGCAGUGCCACUUCGACAUCGAGAUCAACCGGGAGCCGGUUGGUCGGAUUAUGUUUCAGCUCUUCUCAGACAUAUGUCCAAAAACAUGCAAAAACUUCCUAUGCCUGUGCUCAGGGGAGAAAGGCCUUGGGAAAACAACUGGGAAGAAGUUAUGUUAUAAAGGUUCUACAUUCCACCGUGUGGUUAAAAACUUUAUGAUUCAGGGUGGGGACUUCAGUGAAGGUAAUGGAAAAGGUGGAGAAUCGAUUUAUGGUGGAUACUUUAAAGAUGAAAACUUUAUUCUCAAACAUGACAGAGCGUUCCUUUUGUCAAUGGCAAAUCGAGGGAAACAUACCAAUGGUUCCCAGUUUUUCAUAACUACAAAGCCUGCUCCACACCUGGACGGGGUUCAUGUUGUCUUUGGACUGGUUAUAUCUGGUUUUGAAGUAAUUGAACAGAUUGAAAAUCUGAAAACGGAUGCUGCAAGCAGACCUUAUGCUGAUGUCCGAGUUAUUGACUGUGGGGUGCUUGCCACAAAAUUGACAAAAGAUGUUUUUGAGAAAAAAAGGAAGAAACCGACACAUUCAGAAGACUCGGACUCUUCUUCCAAUUCCUCUUCCUCUUCAGAAUCAUCCUCAGAAAGUGAAGUUGAACGAGAGAGAAUCAGGAGGAGGAGACAUAAGAGGAGGCCAAAAGUCAGACAUACUAAAAAGAGACGGAAAGAAAUGAGCAGUUCAGAAGAAGCGAGGAGGAAGCGCACAGUAAGCCCUGAAGGUUAUUCUGAGAGGAGUGAUGUGAAUGAAAAAAGAUCAGGUGACUCAAACGCCAAAAGAGAAAAGCCUGUUGUCCGCCCGGAAGAGAUUCCUCCAGUUCCUGAGAACCGAUUUUUACUUAGAAGAGAUAUGCCUGCUAUCGCUGUGGAGCCUGAACAGAACAUUCCAGACGUUGCACCUGUUGUAAAUGAUCAGAAGCCAUCUGUAUCAAAGUCUGGACGGAAAAUCAAAGGAAGGGGCACAAUUCGAUAUCACACACCUCCAAGGUCAAGAUCCCACUCUGAGUCGGAAGACGAUGACAGCAGCGAAACCCCUCCUCACUGGAAGGAGGAGAUGCAGAGACUGAGAGCCUACAGGCCGCCGAGCGGAGAGAAGUGGAGCAAAGGAGACAAGCUAAGUGAUCCCUGCUCAAGCCGGUGGGAUGAAAGAAGCUUGUCCCAGAGAUCCAGGUCCUGGUCCUAUAAUGGAUACUAUUCAGAUCUUAGUACAGCAAGACACUCUGAUGGUCACCACAAAAAACGCAGAAAGGAAAAGAAGUUUAAGCAUAAAAAAAAAGCUAAAAAGCAGAAACAUUGCAGAAGACACAGACAGACAAAGAAGAGAAGAAUAGUUAUGCCACCUGAUUUGGAACCCUCAAGAUCUCCCACCCACCGAAUGAAGUCCUCCUGUGUUAGAGAAAGAAGAUCUCGUGCCUCCUCCUCCUCCUCUCAUCGCUCAUCAAAGCGGGACUGGUCUAAAUCAGACCAGGAUGACCGGAGCGCUUCCACCCAUUCUAGCAGAGACUCCUACAGAUCCAAGUCUCGUUCACGGUCAGAUUCUAGAGGGAGCUCUAGAUCAAGGGCUAUGUCAAAGUCCUCCUCUCGUUCUCGCAAUAGAUCAAAAUCUAGAUCUAGUUCCAGGUCAGGGCCCCGAAGAACAACCUCAAUAUCCCCCAAAAAACCUGCUCAGCUGAGUGAAAAUAAGCCAGUUAAGACAGAGCCUUUAAGGUCAUCGAUGCCACAGAAUGGAAAUGUGCUAGUACAGUCAGUGACAGCAGAAAACAUUCCUGUAAUACCAUUGAGUGACAGCCCUCCCCCUUCUAGGUGGAAGCCUGGACAGAAGCCCUGGAAGCCCUCCUAUGAGCGAAUUCAGGAGAUGAAAGCUAAAACAACCCAUUUGCUGCCUGUCCAAAACACAUACAGUUUAACAAAUAUUAAAGCAACCAUGAGUUGUUCAUCUUAUCACAAAAGAGAAAAACCUUCAGAAAGUGAUGGGAGUGCUUAUUCAAAGUACAGUGAUAGAAGUUCUAGAAGCUCGGGAAGGUCAAGGAGCAAGUCCUCGAGGAGCAGGUCAUCCUCCAGGUCAUAUACAAGGUCAAGGUCCCGAAGUCUCCCUACUUCACGCUCGCUCUCUAGGUCUCCGUCAUCUAGGUCUCACUCACCAAAUAAGUACAGUGAUGGUUCCCAGCGCAGUAGGUCAUCUUCAUACACUUCUGUUAGCAGUGAUGAUGGAAGACGAGCCAGAUUUAGAUCCAGCAGGAAAAAAAGUGUCACUUCAAAUAAAAGACAGCGCAGUAGCUCUGAAAAGACACUUCACAGUAAAUAUGUCAAAGGCAGAGAGAAGUCUUCGUGUCACAGAAAGUACAGUGAAAGCAGAUCAUCUUUAGAUUACUCUUCAGACAGUGAACAGUCUCAUGUUCAAGGAGUGCACUCAGCCCCAGAGAAGGAGAAGCAGGGCAAAGUAAAAGGAUUGAAUGAUAAGCAGGGGAAAGGCAGAGAAGAAGGAAAAUCCAAGCCUGAAUGGGAAUGUCCUCAUUCUAAAAAGAGAACUCUGAAAGAUGAUCUUCCUGAUCACUCUAGAGACAACAGUGUGUCCAGAGGGAAGAAUUGUGCUGGGAGUAAAUGGGACUCUGAAUCAAACUCAGAACAAGAUGUGACUAAGAGCAGGAAAAGUGAUCCCCGGAGAAGUUCUGAUAAGGAGGAGGGUGAAGCCUCUUCAGACUCCGAGUCAGAAGUUGGCCAGAGUCACAUCAAAGCCAAACCCCCAGCAAAGCCUCCAACAAACACUUUUCUGCCUGGCAGCGAUGGUGCCUGGAAGUCUAGGAGACCACGGUCUUCAGCCUCUGAGUCAGAGAGCUCCUGCUCCAACUUGGGGAACACUAGAGUCGAGCCCCAGAAGCAAAAACACCCAAAGGAUAGUCUUAAAGGGGAUCACACAAAAAGGGUAAGAGAGAAAUCAAAAGCCAAAAAAGAUAAAAAACACAAGGCUCCAAAACGGAAGCAAGCUUUUCACUGGCAACCUCCACUCGAGUUUGGUGAGGAGGAAGAGGAGGAGGUGAGUGGAAAGCAAGUUACGCAGGACCCAAAAGAGAAAAAGCAUGUCUCUGAGAAGUGUGAAGCUGUGAAAGACAGUACUCCAAAAGUCAACAAAACCUGUGAGGAAGGCAGCUGUCCAAGUAAACCCAAGACGGUUACUUUAGAGCAUGACCCACUUGCAGAGGGGGACUGUGAUCCCAGUUCCUGCCCAGCACCUCUGAAAGUGGAGGAAAACACUACAAGCUCUCCACCCAGCACCCAGCAUCUUGAAGAGCAUGUCCCAGGUGGAGGGGAGGACGUGCUUCAGACAGAUGACAACAUGGAGAUCUGUACCCCUGAUAGGACUUCCCCUGAAAAGGGAGAGGGGGUAUCCCCUUUAGCAAAUCACAGGCUAGACAGCCCAGAGGUGCGCAUUAUUCCAGAGCAGGAUGAGCAUAUGGCACAUCCUGUAGCAGGGGGGGAGCAAGAGAGUGGCGUGUCUGAAAGCAGGGCCUUGGGUGAAAGUGGGGUUAAACAGAACAGCUCUACCAGCUUAACCAGUCCUGUAGAAGUUACUGGAAAGAAGGAGGGGGCUGAGAAGAGCCAGAUGAACCUCACAGAUAAGUGGAAGCCAUUGCAAGGUGUAGGGAAUCUGGCAGUGUCUGCUGCAACCACAUCCAGUGCUCUGGAUAUGAAGGCAUUAUCUGCUGUGCCUGAAGUGAAACCACAAGGCUUGAGGAUAGAAAUCAAAAGCAAAAAUAAAGUUCGGCCUGGGUCUCUCUUUGAUGAAGUAAGAAAGACAGCACGCCUAAAUCGGAGGCCACGGAAUCAAGAGAGUUCCAGUGAUGAGCAGACACCUAGUCGAGAUGGUGAUAGCCAGUCCAGGAGUCCACACAGGUCUCGAAGUAAAUCUGAAACCAAAUCUCGACACAGAACAAGGUCUGUCUCGUACAGUCACUCACGAAGUCGAUCUAGAAGUUCCACUUCAUCUUACCGAUCAAGAAGCUACUCGAGAAGCCGGAGCAGGGGCUGGUAUAGCAGAGGCCGAACCCGUAGCCGGAGCAGUUCCUAUGAAAGUUUCCAUAGCCACAGGACGUCCAGCAGGAGCCGGUCCAGGAGCAGCUCCUAUGACCCUCACAGCCGCUCCAGAUCCUACACCUACGAUAGCUACUAUAGCCGGAGUCGCAGCCGCAGCCGCAGCCAGAGGAGUGACAGUUACCAUCGGGGUAGAAGUUACAACAGGCGGUCCAGGAGUGGUAGAUCCUAUGGCUCAGACAGUGAAAGUGACAGAAGUUACUCUCAUCACCGGAGCCCCAGUGAGAGCAGCAGAUACAGCUGAGGUGUCUCUGUACAGAUUGUGUCUUAACUGUAAAUACCUGGUAACUUAAAGCUUAAGAAACUGGAUGGUAGUCUGUUGUGUUUUAGUAUUAGACCUCAGUCCAAUAGUGGAUAUUUCUUGUCACAUGUGCUCAGAAGAAUUUACAGUGCAGAUGCCCCUAGAAAUAUUUUUAUGCCCCAUUUUACAGUAGGCAACUAUAAAAUUUUCAUUUUCUUGAAUCAAGAAAUGGUAAAUUUGAUGUAAGUAUAAUUUGCAGUAUUACUGUAGAUAGGGUUUUCUGUAGAUUACAUUGUCUGUAGAAUUUGGGGUUUCUUUUUGUUUCAGGUUUUAGCAUCUAUGCUCCCAAACAGAAUUGUGGAGAGCUGUCAAAAGACACAUGUUCCCCAUGUCCCCAUGUCAGUUGGCUUCUUGGUGUGUGCUGUCAGAUCAGGCUAUCCACAUCCAUAUUGACUAUGGCCAGGCGUGCAGGGUGGUAGCUCAUGCCACUGCGUCUGCAGCAGUCCAUCCCAGCUGUGAACACCCACACUGUCUAAGGGCUCUGCUUUUUCAUAGUGAAUGCCAGAAGCUCAGAUAAUGACCGUGUUGCCACCCCAGCUCCUACUUUGGUGCUCGGUGCCUUUGGUUCCUCAUAUACCCUAUGUCAUAUCUUCAUAUACUGCAUUUCGUGAAUUCUUUUUUUUUAAAUUCACUGGUACCAAAAAUUAUUUCUUCUGAGCUGGGUUCACUAUGAGUGUAGGGGCUUCUUCCAAACACAGAUAUAUAUAUAUGGUGGAGGUCCCUGGGAACAGAACCUGUAAGGCUGGUCAUCUUUUGCACAUGUGUGCUAAAGAGCUACCUGAAGAAUGGACUUCAGAAGCAACUCCACAGUCUUUAAGUACUACAUCCUAGAGACACUUGGGCCAAGCUUUUCUCUCACUGUGGCAACAGUAGCAGCUCUGCCCCAACCAUCCUUUUCCCUGUUAGUGUUGAGACGCACCCUCACUGCCACCAACUCCAUGAAGGAAACCCAGGACAAAAGUUGGGAGCAGCAAGGUCACAGGCUCUGCUGCACAUAUAGGUGUUCUUACGUCUUUGUGUGGCUCCUCCAGGAAGAAUCUGACCUGUAAAAACUAGUGUGGGUUUAUUUCUUUGUUUUACUCUUUAGUUUGCAUUCUUUCCCCAAGUGUACUUAAUCACCUUAGUGCCAGUUUAGUCCAGUUCACAGAAUUCCUGUCAGGUAUAUGGUGUAGAAGUCUAUACCAUCCUAUCCCACCCAGGCCUUGCUGGUGUAUGUGGGAAGAGAAAAAGCCUUGGGCUGGAGGAUCUUACUAAAGCCCUGACCAGAUGGAGGGGAGGUAUGAAAAUAGUCUUCCAGGGCCAUGUGGCUCAGUGAUAUAUAGCAUGUGCUUAGCAUGUAAGUAGCUCUGGGUUCAAAGAUCAGCACCUCACAAAUAAUGCUGUUGCUCUAUGAUGUAUGUAAACAGCAUUUUGGUGGCCAGCCAGCUGUUGUUCACCAUGUCUGUAAAUUAGUUAAUUAGAAAGAAGGGUAACAUCAGAACUCAGUGCUUGGUCAGUUUAUCGUGAGUGGUUCCCUCCCUUUUUUUUUCCUUUAAAGUUGCCUACAAAGAAGGGUGUUUGAAUCUAGUAUUCAGUGGGAAGAAUGCAUUCAGAGCCCAGACAAACUGACAAAUGGAAUUAGUAAGAAAAGGUCACUAUUGGGCCAUGAAUUCUUAUUUGGUUGCUGUGUAAUAACCUAUCCCAAAUUUCUCAGCCUAAAAGUGCCCAUGCGUCACUGAUGAUCAGGCAUGGUAGGGUUGACUUGUCUGCUCAGGGUCUCAAGGCUAUGACUGAGGGGCUGGAAGGGUGUAUUCUUCACGAAGACUCUGGGAAGGAAUAACUUUCUUGAAGCUGGGGACUCUUUAGACUCCCUGCUGUAGGCCUUACCGUCUUCAACAGGGAUCCCUUGAAUCUUUGUCUUUCUUCGAAACCUCUACCCUCCUCCUGCUGUAAGGGUCCAUGUAACUAGAUGAAACCUCAGAGACAAAUCUCUACUUGAAGUCCCGUGGCCAGAGGAAUGAAGGACAUUGGCAGGUUCUGGGGAUUAGCAUAGGGAGAGGAAAGGCAUCCACCUACCACCUACUGCCGCCGUGGACAGGGCUUAACCUGUACCGACAGGCACUCAUGUUCAGUAGUGUCAGCCUUGCUGUUUAUACUCAAGUGAACCACAGAAAUGGCUUUUCUUCCUAACCAGGAUCAUUCUGUAUUUUGAAGUUAUUUUUUUAAUAAAAUUAAAUUAUGUUGUGUAAUGUGCUUAAUAGAAAAUGCUUUAUUGGAUGAUUUUGUAACAUCCUGUUUACUGCAAGUGGCAUAGUUGAUAUUGUUCAAAAAUGUAGAAAAUACUUUUGUACAUACUAGCAGUGUCUAAUUUGUAUAUACUUCUAUUAAAUUUCUUUACAACUUGAAAAGGAUCUUGUAGAAAUGAAAAUACAUGCUAAGUUUGAGUCUG